AUGUCUCUAUACAACUGCAAUACAGCAGUGAGGGUUACCGAGUCAGCGGAGGGACUGGACUGGACCAGGCAGCACCACCACCAGCACCACCCCCAGCACCCCCAGCAGCAGCAGCAGCAGCAGCAGCAGCAGCAGCAGCAGCAGCAGGAGCAGCAGCAGCAGGAAGAUGAAUUCCAAACACGGGGGAUCGAAGGAGAAAGUUUUUUGCUGCGAAAGAGAAGAGCCGCAGACACAGAGAGGCUGAGAGAGCUGCGGGCUCAGCUAGAGAAAGAACAGAUGGAGAGGCAAAUAGAAGAGGCCCUUAUUAUGUACAUGAAGGAGCAGACAGAACAAAUGAAGAAGGAGCAGCGGCGGAUGACGAAAGAGAUAUCGAAGGCGGCGCAGCAAAUGAAGCAAGAUAGAAUCGGAGCAAUGAAAAGACACGAGGCCUGGCAGGUGAGGAAGCAACUGCAGCAGCAGCAGCAGCAGCAGCAGCAGCAGCAACAGCUGCAGCAGCAGCAGCAGCAGCAGCAGGAGCAGCAGCAGCAGCAGCAAACCCUCCGCAGAGACAGAGAAUAG